UAUUAUUUAUCUUCCGUAAAUUGUAUGUUUAGAUCGUAGGGUGAAGUUAAAGUGCUUAAUUUUGUCGCUAUUUGCCUUACUAAAUGUCAUAUAUUUCUUUUCUUUAAAUUAAUAUGACAGUUGUGUGCUUCAAGUACUUUCUACAUAACAAUAAUUAGUGUUAAGUAAAAAGUCAUUCGGCUGAAGGUACAAAUAAGUGCGAUAGUGAGUUGAUUUGUUGUUCAGCGAGUCCAAAAGUCCAAACGCCACCGUACACGCAAUUAUUCUGUAUCGACCACAUCAACAAAAUAGCAACAAUAAAAUUUAAGCCGCACUUUGUUUACUUGAAAUACAUUUUUUUGCACGCACAUUGGAGCAGCCAACAUGGCUACUUUUCUGAAGCUGGCGAAUGCAACUAGGCACUUCCGCCCGGCAUUUGUGCGGAGCGCCUCAGAUGUAGCAAAGUAUCCAAAAAUUACCACCCAUUACACCAUACAUCCGCGGGAAAAAGAUGAGCGGUGGAAAGAGGUCGACAUGGAGCGUUAUGUAGAUGAGGUGGACAUUGUUAUAGUGGGGGGUGGUCCAGCGGGCAUGUCAGCGGCAAUUCGUGCCAAACAAUUAGCUGCCGAGCAGGAGAAGGAGUUGCGCGUUUGUGUUGUGGAGAAAUCCGCCGAAAUCGGUGGUCAUAUUCUGUCAGGUGCCGUCAUAGAUCCUAUUUCGCUAAAUGAACUCUUCCCUGAUUGGAAAGUGCUGGGUGCACCGCUAAAUACACCCGUUGCUACCGAUCACUUUUCGCUGCUUACCGGUUCCGGUCGCAUUGCCCUACCAAUCUUCAAAGGUUGGCCCAUGGAUAACCAUGGUAAUUACAUUGUACGACUCGGGCAUUUAGUUAAAUGGCUGGGAGAGCAGGCCGAAGCUUUGGGAGUGGAGAUCUACCCCGGUUGUGCAGCCUCGGAAGUGCUCUUCCAUCCCGAUGGGAGUGUGAAAGGUAUUGCAACCAAUGAUGUGGGCAUUGCAAAGGAUGGCUCACCCAAGGAAACUUUUGCGCGCGGCAUGGAGUUACAUGCGAAAACUACCAUAUUCGCCGAAGGCUGUCGUGGCCACCUGAGUAAGCAAAUAAUGCAGCAGUUCAAGCUGAACGCGGGCAGUGAGCCGCAAACUUAUGGCAUCGGUUUGAAGGAAAUUUGGGAAAUACAGUCAGAAAAGCAUGUCCCCGGUUUGGUAGAACACACAAUCGGCUGGCCAUUAGACUUCAGAACCUACGGUGGUUCUUUCCUGUAUCACUUAAAUGAACCCACACCCACCAUUGCUGUUGGCUUUGUGGUUGGCUUGGAUUACAAAAAUCCCUGGAUUAGUCCAUUCCAAGAAUUCCAGCGCUUUAAAACCCAUCCAAAGGUGCGUCCAAUCUUCGAGGGCGCCACACGCAUUGCUUAUGGCGCGCGUGCUAUAAACGAGGGUGGUUUGCAGAGUCUACCCAGCAAGCUCACUUUCCCAGGUGGUUGCUUGGUUGGAUGCAGUGCGGGCUUCCUCAAUGUGCCGCGCAUCAAAGGAUCGCAUUACGCGAUGAAGAGCGGCAUGCUGGCGGCAGAGAGCGCCGUAGAGGCGAUCGCAAGCGAAUCACAAGCAACUGUGGGCCUUGAACCGCAAUCUUAUCCAGAGAAAAUUAAAAACUCCUUCAUCUGGAAGGAUCUACACGAAGUGCGUAAUGUACGUCCCUCCUUCCACAACCCACUUGGUUUAUAUGGAGGUCUCGCCCUUAGCGGUUUUUCUAUCCUCAUGCGUGGUCGCGAGCCAUGGACGAUGAAGCAUGGUCCACCUGACAACGAGUCACUGAAGCCCGCAAACCAAUGCCAGCAAAUCGUUUAUCCCAAGCCCGAUGGAAAGGUCUCCUUCGAUCUGCUUUCCUCUGUUGCGCUGACCGGCACCAACCACGAAGGCGACCAACCCGCUCAUUUGACACUCAAAGACGAUCACAUCCCUGUCGAUCACAAUCUAGCGAUCUACGAAGGACCUGAACAACGUUUCUGUCCCGCGGGCGUAUACGAGUAUGUGCCCAAUGAGGAUGGUGGCAAUAUGAAACUACAGAUCAAUGCACAAAACUGCAUCCACUGCAAAACCUGUGAUAUUAAAGAUCCUAAGCAGAACAUUAACUGGGUAGUGCCUGAAGGUGGCGGGGGGCCAGCUUACAAUGGCAUGUAAACUCUUAUAACUGAAUAUUGGUUUGCUGUUGCAUUUUAAUAAUAAUUAUGCUGCCGCCAACCAAAACUAAUCAUGAAAUGUGCUAUGAACCAUCCUUCGGGCAAAAGGAUGUUUGAAGAAAAUGGUUUGUAGCUUUAGCUGUUUUUUUGUAUAUUACUCGAAGAACUGAAAUUAAAAGUGUUUUAUACUAAUUUCCUCUGUACACAGUGAUAAUAUAUUUUUAUAUGGAAAUAAAAUGUUUUUAUAUAAUGAAGAUAAGUAA